AUGAGACAAGUACUAGUGUUAAAAUCUUCAUUAACAUUUUAAUUGUUCACCUCUAUUCAUCCAGUAAUGACAUUGAUGGUUUGUUUCGGUAUUACCGAACAGAAUAUUUUAAGACAAACAAAGCACCUUUUAUAAGACGAGUAACUUUCUGAAAAAUGUCAGUAGUGUUCCAUCGAUCACCUGGAAAGAUGAUUUUAAAAAGUUUCGUGGCAGUUAUAGUGUUAAGUUUUGCUUGGAUAAAGUCAGUUGCUGGCAGCACGUCGUACUCAAAUGUGUACAUGCAAAGCGGUCCAAGUCUGGGUUUCUACGGCCCUCCGGCUGUAAGGAGCACGCAACUCGCUCCCCUGUCUGCUGCACCCCUAAUGUCAAGUUUGUUACCGCCGUGUGUAUCACCGUGUGUCGUUCCUAGUCAACAAGUGGCUUCAUUAACUCCAGUUGCAACCAGUAGUGCCAAUUUUGUUACGUACAAAUCUCCGAUAAGAGUCCCAGUUGUUGUAGCGCCGAGUAAUGAUGACGCUACGAGCUACGAGUAUUCCUAUGUGGUUUACGAUGAGAACACCGGUGACCAAAAGGCUCAAAAAGAAUCAAGUGACGGCUCCGUGGUGCGGGGCCAGUACUCAUUAAUCCAGCCCGAUGGAUAUGUCCGAGAGGUGCAGUACACUGCUGAUGAUAUUAAAGGAUUUAAUGCAGUCGUUAAAAACUUUUUACCUGAAGGAGAAGCUAAAGCCAUCCCACCAUGUCCUGAAAUAAAAAGCGAACCGCUAAAAGAAGCACAAAAUAAAACAGAUGAAGCACACGAUCUCGAGCCUGAAGCACAUGGAGAAGUUAAAGAAGAAAAACAUAGUCAUGAAGGUGAAAGUCCUGAAGAACACAAGGCCCAUGCAAAACCUAAACUUGAAGGACACGAAAGCCAUGUAAAACAUUCAGAACCUGAAAAGAAUGAGAAUCUUGGAGGUCGUGAAAAAACUGAAAGUCAUGAAAAGCAUGAGGGAUAUGAGGAUCGUGGAAAGCCCGCAGAACCGAAGGGUCACGAGGAGACCACACACGAAGAACGCGGCGAAACUAAAGAGCAGAAAUCCCCAGAAGAGCACACAGAACCAGAAAGCCAUGGAGAGUCCCAAACUGCUGAGAAACAUGGGAGUGAAGGAAAGGAUGAGACGAGUACAACACAGAGCUUUGAAGUGCUACCGAUAGUUACCGAUGCACUUGUUUCUUACAAUGACGUCAUUAAGUGCAUACAAUCUGCCAUUAAACGAGCAAAUACGCCGCAACCACUAGCUUCUCCACUUACUUACAUUGUAUUGAACAAGCCCUGUUAAUUAC